AGUAGUAGUAGUAGUAGUAGUAGUAGUAGUAGUAGUAGUAGUAGUAGUAGUAGUAGUAGUAGCAGUAGUAGUAGUAGUAGUAGUAGCAGUAGUAAUAACAUUGUUAGUAGUGACAGCAGCAGUAGCAGCAGCGGCAGCAGGAGUAGUAUCAGCAACAGUAGCAGUAGUAACUACAAUAGUAACAGUAGUAAUAGUAGUAGUAACUACAGUAGUAGUAGUAUCAGUAUGGAGGUGUGGUCAGCAACGAAUGGGUGGGGUUUAAAGGUGGAAAGGUGCCACCCAUAUACUCACCCUAACACCUGUGACACCCUUCCCCCUUUUAUCACCCAAGGACUCACCCUACCCCCAGAAGAGGCUCACCCACACACCCCACCCACUCAGGGUGAAGGGAUCACCCUCUCCGUAAUCACAAGGAAACCAGCUCUAAUCUUCCACAGGGUGUUCCCACUUGAGUUGUAUUGGGCUCACUGGGCGGACCUGGAGUGGCACUUGGAGCGCGUGGCACCGGGGCGGGUAGUGGUGAUGACGGUGUCAGUGUUUGGCACUAUUGGACUUCGUCACGCUGCCCAAAGCCUUGCCCAUUUGGGCUCAGUCUUUGCCCUUUACCUCAUGCCCAGCGCUCGUUGGACGUGGGUGUUCAUCAAGGGUGGACGCACCAUCUCAGAGACGGUUAUUCUUCAAGGCAUCGCUCAACACAAGGCGCACCUCAUCCUUCCUCUGUCACACAUGCCGAUGCCAUGGAACUCCAACAAGAACCAGAGGGUUGAAGAAGAGCGCUGGCAGUACUGCGAGGCUCAUGGUGCCAUGGGUGGGCUCUGUGAUGAGUGGUCCCCAGACCCAUUACCAUUGCCCUCUGCUCCCCCUGUGGGUCAGCAGACGGCCCUUGCUGGGGUGGGUGUGGUGGUGACAGCAGGUAAUAGACAUCAGUACCUCUACCACACCCUCACCACCCUGCUUGCCACGCCAGGGGCACAACAACACAACGUUCUCGUUAUCCUCGGUGAUGCCCCGCAGUCCACAACACAACUUCUUCGUCUCCUCGACCUCAACUUCACCAAAGUUGCCGUCCAGGGACAAGACAAUGCAAAGCUCUUCCGCUACUACCGCAGUGUCUUCCAAUUAGCAGUCAACACCUUCCCUGACGCUCCAGCGGUCAUAUUCCUAGAUGAAGACGUCGAAGUCUCACCAGACUUCUUCUCCUUCAUGAGCCAGACUCUCUGGCUGCUCCACGCUGACCCAACUAUCUACUGCAUCAAUGCUUUCUCCAACACAGGUUUUUCUAACCGAACUUUCAAUCCCUCACGAGUUUUCCGAGGUUCCGUCCAGGUCAUGUGGGGGUACGCGGUGACGCCCCAGUUUAUCCACGAAGCCUUGAUCAAGUGGCCGAAAGACGAGCAUAACACGAACAUCAUAAUCUAUGAUUUUUGGCUCUACUCGAAUGUCAGGCGAGGAAGAGAAUGCGUGUUUCCAGAAGUGGGUCGGAGUUCACACUAUGGGAUGGGUACCAACUCUGUUCCUCUGAUGGUAGAGGUGAUCUUUCUAAACAGGCCAGUGGUCCAGGAGUCUGGGGUGCCUCUGGUGGGAGUUUCCAGGCUUCAGCUUCCUACCUGGCGCCAUGAUCUCUCUAACAACCUUACCUUAGCCACUCCACUGCUAGGUAAUCCGUGCUCUGCGGAUUUCAUACCCAAACAUAACCCCGAGCAGCUCUAUGUGUUCUACUACAGGUUGGAUGCCAUUGAGCAAGGCUUACCAGAUGCGAGCCAAUUUUUUGCUUUACAGAACUGUGUGGGUGGAUGGGCGCUCUCAGAUCAGGGCCAGCACGAGGGGGUAAGCAUCUUAGCCUUCUCGAUCUACACUACCCUUUACCUAGUGGGAGUUCCUUUCUCCUCCUACUCUCACCUCAAGCCUCGGGAUCUUCCACUCUGGGAUGUUAACACUAUUCCCGAGGAGGAAUUUGAAGUCGUACAACUGAACGAGCUCAACAAGCACAAGUUCAUCCCCGUAAUAGCCAACAGGAACAUGACUUCGUCUUAUCUUAUGAGUUACUUGUCUGCAGUUUAAUUGAAUUUAGAAAACCCUAUGAUAUAAUUCUAUUCCAUAUAAUGACUGAGUCAUUGAUAUUGCAGGUAUAUACAGCGGUGUCUACUCAAAUGCCAUUAUGGUUCCCACUGACCCAAUGACAAGUCACGACAGAAUGACUGCUGGUCUAUACCAGUCAAACUGAGUAGAUAUAGGCGUGAGUACAUGCCACCAAAAAAAAAAUUGUACUCAAAUGUGUUCCUGAAUAGCAUCGUGCCAAGGUUGUAUGGCACUCUAGUCCAGAGGUUUUCAAAAUGUUUUAAGUCAUGUAUCCUUCACGUUAAAAAACAAAAAACAGUCCCGGAUCUUUGACCAAUAGGCAAAAUUUUAAUAAUACAAUA